AUGGAGGUCGGAAAUGAUUCAAAGCACGAUGUUGAUGAAGUAGCAACCUCUUCUGAAUCAAUAAGUAGUUCUCAAACAGAACUCUUCCAGAAGUUUCUUAUUCUUGAGAUGCAGUCAGAACUGUUAAAAUACUUCUCUGCUAAUACUGGAAGAGUUGAAGACGAAACUGGCAAAGAGGCCCAGACUUUGUGCCAUUUGAAGGAUGAAGCGUUGCGCGCGGAGGAGGAAGUUGGAAAAGGUUUUGAAGAGCUCAGAAAAGUUUUAUCUGUAGUCGAAAGAAGUUUAAACGCCGAGGAACAAAAUAAAUUAAAUGAAGCCAAGGAUUACUUUAAAAGUAAGAGUGAGGUUGCUCGAUUGGAAACUGAGUUACAAACAUUUAUUGCAAAACAUGGAGCAGAUCUCGACUCGUCUAUAGCACUGCGUAAUGAUCAGGCAGAAGCGCUAGCGAGGACGAAAAACUACUUAGAGCAGUUAGAAACACGAAACAUGGAAUUGAAACAGAAGUUACGUGCUUCAAAGGAACAAUGGGAAUUGGUUGAUAAUUACUAAGCUUGUCUGAUGUUUUGGGGCAGUUUGUAUUCUUUGUUUGGGAGAGUGAUUCUGGAUAUAUUAUUUUUUUCUGUGGAGAAUCUCUCACAUCUCUCAUCUCUCAAACCUCGACAGCAGUGUAUGGUACUUGAGCCUUUAGGAAGAUAUUGUGUAGCGUUUGGGCGUGGUUGGGUAGUAAAUCCUGGGAGUGGAGUUUGGCUAGGCAAGACUGGCUGCAGAGGCUUUAAGUGGCAGAUGAAUUCUGGGUGUGGUAGUGAGCGCUGGUGUAAUUCGCCGGAAUCUGUUGUUCAUUUGCUGCAUUCUCCAACUGUACAAUGUCAUUCAUCUGAACUGAUGUUUUCUGUCAUCGGGUCAGAAUACAUUUUUGUUGACGCUAGUCGUAGGUGUCGACGGCACCUGCACGUGCCGCGCGAAUGUUAUAGGCAGUUGCCCAGCACCCUGACUUGUCGUUUGCGGAUGGCGCUUGGCAGCAGGAGGGAUAGUUAA